AGGAUGGAUCCUCGAAUUUUGAUGUUCCUGGUGGCUGUUGUGGUGCUGGUUGCCGGGGAGAUGGUGCGCUACGACGGCUACCGAGUCUACCGGCUGGUGCCAGCGGAUAAGGACCAGCUGGAGUUCCUUAGAGGACUCGUCAAGUAUCAUCCCGAUAUUCGCUUCUGGAAAGAUGCCAGAGCCGUCAACGUGGCAGCGGAUGUCAUGGUGGCGCCAAAGAUGCAAAACAGCUUCAUGACAUGGCUUCAAGCGAAUUCUAUCGAGGAGUCCGUCCUCAUUUACAACGUACAGGAACUGAUAGACAACCAGAGGCGAGCAAAAGCUACGAGAGAGGACUUUGCCUUAGAUGAAUAUCACACCAUUGAGGAGAUCUACGCAUGGUUGCCAUCACUAGAGGAGAAGUACCCUGGCACUGCGAGGUUUAUUGAACUUGGGACAGCAUACAAUGGUCUACAAUUAGGUAUGGAGAUCAAAUUUGCAGAGGACAACAGGCUAGUAAUGCUUGAGGGAGGUAUGCACGGCAAUGAGUGGAUCGCCACCGCCUGCAUGAACUGGUUCAUCAACGAGAUCUUGACCACAGACGACGCAGACGUCAGGGACGUCAUCACCCGUGUCACGUUCAACAUCUUGCCCUCCAGCAAUCCUGAUGGGUACAACUAUACCUGGACGACAGAUCGUCUAUGGAGAAAGAACAUUCAGCCCUAUCAGAACUGUACAGGUGUCGACCUGAACCUCAACUACGACUUCAAUUUUACAGGUUUCGGCACCAGCGAGGACUUCUGUGCAGACAACUACCCUGGACCGGUGCCCUUCUCCGAGUACGAGGCGGCGACGUUCUCGGGUAUGCUGUGGGAUAACGAACCAGGGACACUGUUGCUGUAUGGCAGCUUUCACGCGUACGGCCAGAGGAUCAUGUUUCCUUACGGCGUCCCUGGCAACGUGGCCUCCAAUUACGAUGAGCUGCUCGAAAUGACACAGAGAGCCAGCGAAGCUCUAGCAGCCAGAUAUGGCACAACCUAUACCGUCGGUAGCGUGCUGGAUCUUCUGUCUCCAGCAUCGGGGUCUAGCAUCGACUGGAUGCAGGGCGUGGUCGGUCACGAGUACAAUAUUGCGUGGGAGCUGAGGGACGAGGGCCAGUAUGGCUACCUGCUGCCUGAGGACCAGAUCGUCCCCACUUGCCAGGAGGCGUUCGACAGCUUGGUCUCCAUCCUCCGGGAUUUGCUUUAAGACGAAAAAAUGCCAAAAGAGCACUAGCCCUAGUCACAGCUCUAGGCCAACACUACAGUGUGGUGCACGGAGCAUCACUCUUUUUUUUUAUGAACGACUUCGUUUUGGACACGGCCAGUAGAGAAUUCAUGCAAAAGUAAUUACUACAUCUGUUCAUCUAUUGAAUGUAAGUGUCCCAGUCAGAACUGCAUAACUAGAUGCAGCACAUUUGAUGUUUAGAAAUGAGUUCCAGUUUGAACAGAUUUAUCUCCAUAAGAAAACGGAACGUUACGGAAAGAAGAGAUAUUUCAAGAAAAACUGGUACUUUUAUUCUUGCCCAUCCACCAUUGCUACGUAAACUGUUCCAUUAUUAACAUUCUGUAAAAUAUAUAUCAAGAAAGAGAAACAAGGGCAAGCUAAUCAUGUUGAAUUACACAUUGUUAAUUAAUUCAGUUUUUAGGUAUUUGUGGUUUAUGUAUUAAACUUAAAACUAAAUAGAAACAAUAAAAAUUAUUUUAUCAGUUCUACAAAUUAAUACGAAAGUGUAAUCUGGCCCAGUGUGGGGUAAAGAUGAUUCUGGUCAAGGGUCAAAAUGACGACACUGAUAAAAGUUGACAACUUUUAUUGUUAGAAAGUAAGAGACAGUACAUUAUUUAAUGAUAAAUGCUAUAUAUAUUUCUUAUUAAAUGGUAUAUAAUGAAAGGAUUAUUGUGUAUAAAAUCAGUAUAGUUCAAGAUUAGUGCAUUUCAUUCUCAAAAGUCACGUAAGAAUUUUCCGCCUUCGAAGUUCGAGAGCAGAACUCAUACCACCGUGUGUGGC